GCCCGAGCUGACGCCUUCUUGUCGAGCUCCUCGGAGUGGCCAUCUUAGAUCAUAAAAUCACGGAAGCGAAAAACAUCAUCAACAGCCUCUUCCAUCAGCUAUUCCCAUACUAAAGUCAAGCCUAACACACACAAGAAACAUGAAUACCUCACGAAUCUUCCUUCAACGAGUUGCCCCCAACAUGGCCAAGGUCGGCAAAAAGGCGUUCUCAACCGAAUGCGCCCCUGCACAGAAGCUCAAAGCAGUUUUCGAAGAGUAUCGUCGCCAGAAUUUCGACGAUGAAAUCCCUUCACGCUUCCGCAAGCACAUGAUCAAGGCGAUUGAAGAACCCGACCAUCAGACUUUCCAAGUGGACAACCUGAACCGCAUCUUGGACAACAUUGGUCGCAAAGAUGCUCAUCUGAGCAAUGACGAAUUGAGUGCCCUCCUGCGAGAGGCGGGUGUGCCCAGCCACGAACGCAGCCUUUCCAUUUCCAAAAUGAUGGAACUCAUGUAAGAGGACGACACUCAGCAUUCCUGUAGCAGCAGCAGCUGUGCACCAACAGCGACAACAUGUUCGAUUAUGCAUAUACCAUACCAAGAGAUAGAGAGAGACGAAUACAGCCACGCACAGCUACCGCGGCAUAGAGCAUACAGGUGCUUUAAAACCAUUACUAGAAUACAGAUGAACCUAAUUGCCUUCACGGUUCCUCCUAAGCCUGGCCCUCUGCCGGCUUCCGUAUAUAUAACUUCCCUGU